AUGCCUUUCUGCCCCACCAAGUAUCUGAAGAGGAACAGGCGCCUGCCCAGGGGUGGUGCCGCCGGGGAGCGAGAGAAGGUGCCAGCCAACCCCGAGGCGCUCCUGCUCAUGGCCAGCUCCCAGCGUGAUAUGGAGGACUGGGUGCAGGCCAUCCGCCGAGUCAUCUGGGCCCCGCUGGGCGGAGAAAAGGGGUUACGCACCGGGAGCUCCCAGAGCGGGGAGCUGCCCGGCGGGAGGCAUCUCAGGCACUCGAUCCUCCCUCCCUCGCCUCGGGUCCGGCCCCGGGGCGGCUCUGGCCGGGCGGGCGGCGGGCAAGACGCUACCUGUGCGCGUGCCGGGCAUUCCUGCCGCCGCCGCCGCGCCGCCGCGCUCGGGCGCGCCAUGGGCCUGAUGCCGGCUGCGCGGGCUUUCUCCAGCUGCCGCGCCUGCCCACGGCCGCCCUGCCGCCUGCCCGCCUGCUGCGCGCCCGCCGCCCCAGGGAUCUUUGGGCAGCGGCUGGAGGACACAGUGCACCAUGAGCGGAAGUAUGGUCCCCGUCUGGCACCUCUUCUGGUGGAGCAGUGUGUGGACUUCAUCCGGGAGCGAGGACUCAGUGAAGAGGGGCUCUUCCGUAUGCCUGGCCAGGCCAACCUGGUGAGGGACCUGCAGGAUUCCUUCGACUGUGGGGAGAAGCCACUGUUUGACAGCACCACAGACGUGCACACAGUAGCCUCCCUGCUGAAGCUCUACCUUCGGGAGCUCCCAGAGCCCGUCAUCCCUUUCGCCAGGUAUGAGGACUUCCUCAGCUGCGCCCAGCUGCUCACCAAGGACGAGGGGGAGGGGACUCUGGAGUUGGCUAAACAAGUGAGCAACCUUCCUCAGGCCAACUACAACCUGCUCAGAUACAUCUGCAGGUUUCUGGAUGAAGUGCAGGCCCACUCAAAUGUCAACAAGAUGAGCGUCCAGAACUUGGCAACAGUCUUUGGCCCUAACAUCCUUCGGCCACAGAUAGAGGAUCCAGUGACCAUCAUGGAAGGCACUUCCUUGGUCCAGCAUCUGAUGACUGUCCUCAUCCGCAAACACGGACAGCUCUUUGCCGCAAGCUCCCUUGAAGAAACUGGUUCCCCACCUGGUACUGUCCAGGGCACGGUAGAGUGGGGCUCCGAAGAGGUCACCAGUGACCACCAGGGUGAGCCUGGCAGUUCUGGCUUGCCCACACACAGGACCUCAUCUCUCGAUGGGCCAGCCGCAGCGCUGCUCUCUAGAACUUCUCCCCAGCACCUUGGCAGCCAGACUGGCCCUGCAGCCACCAGCCCCGGGAAGAGGAUGCAUACUCUGCCUGGCUGGAAGCCCUCCUUCCGGCAGGGGUCCCGGUCAGAGAGCCCAAAGGGGGGCAGCUCGUCCUUAGAGGUACCCAUCAUCUCUGGUGGGAACUGGCUUAUAAAUGGGCUAUCCUCUCUGCGCGGCCACCGUCGGGCCUCGUCAGGGGACCGGCUGAAGGAUACAGGCUCAGCACAGAGACUGUCCACCUAUGACAAUGUGCCUCCAUCCAGCCACUUUCCCAGCACUGCCAGCAUGGCCAGCAUGUCAUGGUCUGUAGCCUCAUCGUCCCAAGAGGUCUCUGUUAGCAGCUGCACAGCCUGCCGGGCCAGCGACUCUUCUGCCUGCAGCUCCUUACACACUGAAUGGGCUCUUGAGUCCACUCCCCUCCCCAGUAGCAGUGAGGAGCACAGGUCACCAGACCUGGGCCACAGCCUGGAUGAGGCAUGCGUGGGCAGUGGCAGCAGUGAGCCCAAUGACCCUGGCAGCCCUACACAGGCUCAUGUCCAUCGGUGCCGGGCUCUCCAGGGCCAAGUGGCUGAGCUCAGGGCAGAGCUGUGUCAACAGAGGACUGAGUACGAGAGGAGCCUGAAGAGCAUCGAGGAGGGCAGUGCUGACUUGCGAAAGCAGAUGUCUCGGCUGGAAGAGGAGCUGGACCAGGAGAGGAAGAGGUACGCCAUGCUGGAGAUAAAGCUGCGGAACUCGGAGCGGGCACGUGAGGAUGCAGAGCGCAGGAACCAGCUGCUGCAGAGGGAGAUGGAAGAGUUCUUUGCCACCCUGGGAAGCUUGACUGUUGGGACCAAAGGGACCAGAGCUCCAGAGUGAAAGGAGCAGAAAUACAUGUCUGUAUAUGUCUGUUCACUCUCCCUGCAGGGCUGGCCACAGUCUGCAGAGGAAGCCAGAAACUUCAAGUUUGGGUCAGGCCACCAGCAGGAUCAUCUGCCCCCAAGCGCCACAUAGAAAGAGCCUGACGUCCCCACGGGGACUGUCGGGAUCCCACGUAGUCCAGGCAGGAACUGGAUGCUUCUCCAAACCUAUGGUGUCAGAGCGGACGGUGCCAAGAUAAACAGUAGCCUCUUAUCCAUUAAAAGUCCCCAGUGGCCAGCCAAAAGGAUGGCACCUAAGAGCAGGGCCACCGCCAAGAACUUCACUCUUUAUUAAAUGCUCUCUGAAAGCA